GUCCACUCCAAUGCUGAAGACCUUUUUAAUUCUUUGAUUGGUCAACCGUUUAUUCUCUGUUUCGUCACAUAACUUUCAAUUUCUUUUUCCUUUUUCCACAUUCAAAUUUCAAAGUUUCAAAACUAACAAGCAAAGGCAAGCCCCAAUGGCUCCUUUUCGCUUUCUCUUACUUUUCUUCCCCCAUAAAAACACACCCUUUUUUCCCUUUCUUUUGUACUACGGUUUUUUUGAGCCCGUUUUUGAAGGAAGUGAAAAACGAAGAUGGAGAAUGAAGCAAUAGCGGUUGAUCUCAGAAGAAUCCCAACAUAUGAUGGCAGAUAUGUCCGUUACAACAUCUUAGGUGACAUCUUUGAAGUUUCUUCCAAGUAUGUUCCUCCUAUUUAUCCUGUUGGUCGUGGCGCUUACGGCAUCGUUUGCUGUGCCACAAAUUCUGAGACAAAGGAAGAGGUUGCAAUAAAAAAGAUUGGGAAUGCAUUUGACAACAGGAUUGAUGCUAAAAGAACACUCCGUGAGAUCAAGCUCCUUUUUCACAUGGAUCAAGAUAAUAUUGUCAAAAUCAAGGACAUUAUAAUGCCACCGGAAAGGGAAAAGUUCAAUGAUGUUUACAUUGCAUAUGAGCUAAUGGACACUGAUCUAAAUCAAAUUAUACGGUCGAGCCAGCCUCUCACUGAUGAUCACUGUCAGUAUUUCCUAUAUCAACUGUUACGGGGCCUGAAGUACAUACACUCAGCAAAUGUUUUGCACCGAGACCUAAAACCUAGCAAUCUGCUUCUUAAUGCGAACUGUGAUCUCAAAAUUUGCGACUUUGGUCUUGCAAGAACCACCUCAGAGACAGACUUCAUGACGGAGUAUGUUGUAACCAGAUGGUAUCGAGCCCCUGAAUUGCUUCUCAACUGUUCAGAAUAUACUGCAGCUAUUGAUAUCUGGUCAGUUGGUUGUAUUUUAAUGGAAAUAAUUAGAAGGGAGCCACUUUUUCCUGGUAAAGACUAUGUUCAGCAGUUGGGGCUUAUUACUCAGCUACUAGGAUCACCGGAAGAUUCAGAUCUUGGUUUCCUUAGGAGUGACAAUGCUCGCAAGUAUGUUAGGCAGCUUCCUCGUUUCCCAAAGCAACCUUUUGCAGAAAAGUUUCCAGAUAUGUCUCCUGUGGCAAUUGAUCUUGCAGAAAAGAUGCUGGUUUUUGAUCCAAGCAAGCGCAUCACUGUUGAGGAAGCACUGAAUCACCCAUUUUUAUCAAGUCUUCAUGAGAUAAACGAGGAGCCCACUUGCCCAUCUCCUUUCAUCUUUGAUUUCGAGCAGACAACCUUGAACGAAGAAGAUAUAAAAGAGCUCAUAUGGAGGGAGUGUUUGAACUUCAAUCAUGAUAGGAUGCUCGAAUGAAGUCAGCAACAAUUGUCCUAAUUUCGUUAUAUUGUUUUGUAUUGCUUAAUUAAAGUCCUGCUUGAAAGGUUGAUUUUGGUGAAAAGGCUUGCUUUUGUAUAAAUACAAGACUAUAGGUUCUCCCGGAGGCGUUGAGAAUUGAGAUGGUGGAAAGGGUUUUCGUUUCUUGGGUUUAUAUGGGAGUUCCAGGAUUCAUUUUAUAUAGUGUUGGGGAAUCCUGUCAUCAUUAAAAGGGUGAUAUGUACUCCAUAAAAGAAGGCUAUAUAGUCUCUUAAGUCUCUUAUUGUGUAUGGUGUUGAUCUGUCUGUAUAUUGUUUACGUCCAACUUAUUUAUACGAGGGAAACAAUAACUAAAGAAUGGGAGCAAUAUUUUGACUCUGUUUUCAUCUGAAACAGUUGCUGGAUUGGGAGUGUACGUUUAUUCCUUGGCUUGACUUGAAUUGCUUGCAACACUCCGACUG